GGCAGACCUCAGACCAGCCCGCCUUACCUCACUCCCCCCUGUCCGCGAGCCGGUGUUCACGGGCAAAUCUGACCGCAGAUCAGCGCACUCGGGCUCCCUCCACACUACGAGUUACACCAACUGGGACUGAGACCAGAGGAAAUCGUGUUCGUCGGUAGCCAAGGUACGCACGCCAAGACUCAUCCACAGCAGACCGAGGCGAGGGAACGGACAAGAAGGGAGAGAAUUCAAGGGGAAAGCUGGUAGGAACCACAGAGGAGUUCACUGCAAAAGAAAAAAACCCCACACGUUUAGGGGCGAGAGGAGAGGGUGACUGGCUGGCCCCGCAGAAGGAGUAGUAUUACGCGAAGCUAAUUUCCAACAUUUUCUAUUCUUGGCAGCGAGAGUGUGCUCUCCGAGCCACAUUUAUAAAGAGAGCUAGCGGAAUGUAAUGCUAGCAGGCUAGCCGAUGUUAGCUAGCUAAUUAGCUUGUCAGGCAUCCGAGAGUCGGACGUGUGAUCUUUAUUAAAAUAGAACACUGUCGUCGUUUUUCUUUUUUCAGGGGGAAAAAAGAGAGGGACAACUGUACUUAAUGUGCUUUGUGUUGGAUUCUGCCAUGGUUUUAAAGGUCUGUCUCGCAUAGCUAAGGCUAAGUUAGACAAUAAACAGUGCAAGCUUGUGUAUAUUGAUGAAAAUCCGUUCAAUAUUAUCUGUCUGGGAAAAGCCAAAUCCAUUGUGAAUAUCGAGCCGUGGACAAACCCAAAGGAGAAGGCAAAGGUAACAAAAGAAAAGAAAAAGCCAAAGAGACUUUUGACUGGUGACUUCUCCCGUCCAAUGUUAAUGUCGACCGACGUUGCAUCUAUUAUGCUACCCGUUAGUCGGGGAAUAAUGGACCGGGAAAGGGACAUUGAUACAGCAGCCGGACCCCAUGCAAACGCGGCCGGGGGUCCAGCCGUGGUCCGAGGGAUGAAGAGAGGAGAUCCGGAGCCCGACGCUCAGACUGCCGCUGCCCUCACUGACUUGUCCGGGGCGGAGUGCAAAAGACCAAGGAUAGACGGGACCGGGAGUGUUGUCGGUGACAUUGGCCAGAACAAUGAGCCUUUAAAUCCCGGUUUCCAUGGAUACCAACCUCACAGUCAGGGCUCUCAGGAUUCGACAGGAGGACAGGAGGGUUUGGUGGCCCCACCCUUUACAGCAUUCCCACCUCCACCCCCUCCUCAAAACGGUCUACCGGGAACAGAGUUUGGCCCUGGGGCCAUGUUUGGUGCUGGAGGCCAAGGUGCAGCAGAGGUAGGGGCUGGUGCAAAUGGAGCCCCCACCUCCACCAACAACAACAACAGCAAUGUAAAGACAGAGGAGACGUCUCAGGGUGAGGCGGGUGUACAGUGUGGCGCAGGAGGCACAGGAGCGGGAGGCUCAGCAGGAGACUCGACAGAGGCCAAAGGGACCCCCAAACGCCUCCAUGUCUCAAACAUCCCCUUCCGCUUCCGGGACCCAGACCUCAGGCAGAUGUUCGGGCAAUUUGGGAAGAUCCUGGAUGUUGAGAUUAUUUUCAAUGAGAGGGGUUCAAAGGGUUUUGGCUUUGUGACAUUUGAGAACAGCGCAGACGCAGAGAAAGCCAGGGAAAAGCUCCACGGCACACUGGUGGAAGGUCGUAAGAUUGAGGUGAAUAACGCCACCGCCAGAGUGAUGACUAACAAGAAGAUGGUCAGCCCUUAUCCUAAUGGAGAAGCUCUCAGCACACUACCCUAUGCAGGGUGGAAGUUGAGUCCUGUGGUGGGAGCUAUGUAUGGACCAGAGAUCUACGCAGUUCCAGGGUUUCCCUACCCUACAGCAGCAGCAGCAGCAGCCACAACAGCGGCAGCGGCAUUUCGCGGUGCCCACCUCCGGGGCCGAGGCCGGCCCGUCUACAGUGCUGUGCGGGCCGCUGUGCCGCAGCCUGCCAUCCCUGCCUAUCCUGGCGUGGUGUAUCAGGAUGGGUUUUACGGAGCCGCAGACUUAUAUGGAGGCUACCCGGCUGCUGCUGCCGCCGCUGCUGCCUAUCGCUACGCCCAGCCUGCGGCUGUAACCGGGGCAACCGCUGCAGCUGCUGCCUACAGUGACAGUUAUGGCCGGGUGUACACUACAGAUCCAUACCACGCUUUAGCUCCGGCGGCUGCUGCCUACGGCGUGGGAGCCAUGGCCAGUUUAUACCGGGCGGGAUACAGUAGGUUUGCUCCUUACUAAAACCACAAAUCACAUCCAAGGAAUUUCACUUUGGUCCAAAACCCUUUUUCAGGCUCUUUGCUUGGCAGGAGCUCCCCUACAUUUUUUUCUGCAGGCAGAUUAUAGCAACAACCCCUUUUAUUAUUUUCUUUUCCUUUUUUUUGUCUUGUGGCGAGAGAAGUCAUUGCCACAUCAUCAACUCAAACUCAGUUCCUGUACUUUUGUGUCCAUCACUGACAUGGAAAUGAUGACAAAAACCCCCAAAACAACAAAACUGCCAGGAGUGUAUCCCGUGUAUAAAGAGCUGGAGCAACAGGACACAGUUUGGGAUGCUUUUUUUGUUUGAUUUGUUUUUGUUUUUUUAAGAAAAAACACUACAGGACCUGGAAGGAGACAGACUGCUGUUGUUCCUAUGACAUCCUGCACACUACAAAAUCUUUUUUUUAUUUUUUUGUCCCUAAAAAUAUCCGAACUUCCAGUUUAUCCACUGCCCUGUCAGACCUAACCACACACACACACACACACUCUUACAUUUACCACCAAGUAUAGAUUCCUCUACACUUUCCUUUAGUGUCAGACUUCACUAAAUGAUACUAGAAAAAGGUACUUCUGUUUUUAAACACUACGUUGAUAUAGAGCUGCUCCCCCCUACAUCCUUCUGAUGUUAGCAUCAUGUAAUACUGAAAAAAAAGAAUCAAAUGCAGAGGAUGUAGGAGCUAUUCUUGUUUUUGCCACGCUGGAACAUUCAACUUUCAGCUGGAGGAAACUUCUGACAGAAACCACUUUUUUUGUUCUCUUAAUAACUUCGAACUUAUAUGGCAUGUCUUUUUUGGGGGGGUCAUUUUUCUAAUGUUUAAAACGUCCUGGCCAAAUGUAAAAGGAAACACAAAGAGACUGUUUAAAAAAGACAAGGAAAAAAAAGUCUUUUUUUUUCUGCAGUACCUCGUUUGUUUUGCCUGCCGCAGACGUGUCAUCAUGUCGGAAAAAACAAACAAAAAACACCACGUGGCUCAGUGAUUUUGAGUUUGUUUGUCCUUAAUGCUCGCCUGCACAUACUCCAGUCAUUACUGCAAGUGCAACUCCAACAUGGAGACAUCACGACCGUCUUUUUAAAGGCCUCGUCCUCAAGUCUGCUUCUUCCAAAAGGAGAAAUAAAGGACUCGUUUCUAUCUCCUAAACCGUCAGAAGUUCCUGCCGAUCACAUCGAAAAGAUCCACAGGACACGAGUGGAACUAGCUUCAGCACCCGCAGCACCCGCGUUGGGAAACAAAUAACCUGUCAGUCGAACGGACGCCGAUCCCUCCUGGCCAUCGUUCGGGAAAUGGUGUGUGAUCUCGACUCAGCAGAACAGAGAGAGUGCAGGGAAGCACAGAGACGGGAUUCAUUAUCGGUUUUGUUUCUAUUUAUAUGCAGUGUUUUCACUAGGUUUCCACAUCAUUAUGUAACUCUUAAGUCCCUCAUCAUGCUCUCUGGGAUGGUUCACUCUGAAUAGUUUCAAAGCUUUCCUGGUGCACCUGAAGGCACAGCAGGACCUGUAUGUGUUGCAUCUGCAUUUACUCUCAUGUGGUUGUUGUCGUUGUUAUUGCUAUUAUUUGCCUUUUUUUCGGUUCCAAAGAUUUUCAGAGGAAAGCACAUUUCUUUUUUUGUGUGUUUUUCUGCCUUUAUCCUUUAGCUGUAUUUUUUUUUUUUUUUAAAUGUGUGGGUUGAAGCUGUACAGCGUCGUAGCAGCAACCCUGGGAAAUGUCAUAAAAGCAAUGUCUGCAAGACAGGGAAUACACCUUUAAUCCAGCCUGCAGAAUAUAAUGACACUGCUGGGUUUAAUUUGGUCUUAAGUGUCAUUUAUUAGCUUUUUUUUUUUUUUUUUUGCACUAACACAUGAGCACACAGUGCAGAUGCAGAGGUGUUUGCUGCAGACAAGGGAAAUCAGAGCAGAUGGAGUCAUGAGGGAUGCACGGAGAGGCAGGUAGACCGAGAGGAUAUUUCAAAGUGCAUUUUCCUGAAGGGCCAAAUUAAAAAGUAAAUUAG